GUUGCUCAUUAAGUAUACAUAAAAAAAAAUUAAAUUACACACGUAUUUGUUAUUAAAAGGUGCUUAAAAACAAUAAAGAGAGCGUGCGAGCCAAUAGACAACAGCAGCAGUGGCGGCACACAGUGAGCAGCAGCGUUUACAAACACCAACACAGCAGAACCAACAGCAGCAGAGACAGAGUCAGUAACAGCAGCAGCAGCAGAACGUCCAGAACGACGUUGACGGUGACGGCGACGACGACAAUGAACACACUGAGCGCUAACACGAACGGAAGCGGUGCUGGAUCGACGGGCAAUGGCAAUGGCAAUGGUAGUGCUGGUGGCUCCACGGCGAAUGCCACAACAGCCGGCAGUGCUGGCAGCGGUGGCAACGGCGGUGGCGGAGGAGGUGGCAACCUUGAUGAGCUUGGCGGCGAUGCCAGCUCACGCAGGCAGGCGACGCGGGUGUUCAAAAAGAGCUCAUCGAAUGGCAAAAUCACAGUCUAUUUGGGCAAGCGCGACUUUGUAGAUCAUGUCACGCAUGUGGAUCCAAUUGAUGGCGUGGUUUUCAUUGAUCCGGAGUAUGUGAAGGAUCGCAAAGUGUUUGGCCAAGUGCUGGCUGCAUUUCGAUAUGGACGCGAAGAUCUAGAUGUGCUGGGCCUAACAUUUCGCAAGGAUUUGUAUUUGGCUCAUGAACAAAUCUAUCCGCCCAUGCAAAUGGAACGGCCCAUGACCAGAUUGCAGGAGCGGCUCAUUAAGAAGCUGGGACCCAAUGCGCAUCCAUUUUAUUUUGAAGUGCCGCCCUAUUGUCCGGCUUCGGUAUCCUUGCAACCAGCACCGGGCGAUGUUGGCAAAUCCUGUGGUGUGGACUACGAACUAAAGGCAUUUGUGGGCGAACACAUUGAGGAUAAGCCCCACAAACGCAAUUCGGUGCGUUUGACGAUUCGGAAGGUGAUGUAUGCACCAUCGAAGGCCGGAGAGCAGCCCUCCAUUGAGGUGAGCAAGGAGUUCAUGAUGAAGCCCAAUAAAAUACACUUGGAGGCAAGUCUGGAUAAGGAGCUGUAUCAUCAUGGCGAGAAGAUAUCAGUCAAUGUGCAUGUGGCCAACAAUUCCAAUCGCACGGUCAAAAAGAUAAAGGUGUGUGUACGCCAAUUUGCCGACAUAUGCCUCUUCUCGACGGCCCAAUACAAAUCUGUGGUGGCCGAGAUUGAGUCGGAGGAUGGCUGCAAUGUGGCACCAGGCUUUACGCUCUCCAAGGUGUUUGAGUUAUGCCCCCUGCUAGCGAACAACAAGGACAAAUGGGGACUGGCGCUGGAUGGUCAGCUAAAGCAUGAGGAUACAAAUCUGGCGUCAAGCACGCUUAUUACCAAUCCUGCACAGCGCGAAAGCUUGGGCAUAUUGGUGCAUUACAAGGUCAAGGUGAAGCUACUAAUUGGCUCGCCGCUGUUGGGCGGAGAUUUGGUUGCCGAGCUGCCAUUUACGCUGAUGCACCCCAAGCCAGAGGAAGAGGAGCAACCGGUGCUGGGCGAUCGCUCCCCGCGCGCCAGCUUGGCAGCGCCGCUGCUUAGCCUGGGCGAUGCAGUCGAUGCAGGCGCCGCGGCUUCCUCAACACAAACGCCAAACGAUGUGCCCACCACCACGAACCUCAUACAGCUGGACGACGAUGAGGCUCAAGACGAUGAUAUCAUCUUUGAGGAUUUCGCGCGGCUUCGCUUAAAGGGUGCCGAAACAGAGGCCUAGACGCUGAAAGUCAACGUCUGUCAAUGUCCGUGAGUUGUUUGUGGUGUUGCAUCGAGCAGCUGCAGUUUUCGAUCAGCCCAUAGACAUGCGUACGCGCAAUAUUUAUUGUCCAACUCUACGUAUAUAUACAUAUAUAUAUAUAUCCAAAAAUAUGGCAUUUGUAUCAUACGAUGUUUAUGCGCAGCCCUGAUUGUAAACUUUGAAUACAUAGCCACGGUACAUAGUUUUAUAUUGCUAUUGAUAUGUGUAGGCCAUACGUUCUAGUAUCUAUAGUAUUUAAGCUGAAAGUGUACGAAUUUUUGAAAAUGUGAAAUUGUUUAACAAAUACACACACACACACACAUACCUACACAUACACAUACAAAGAACCCUCAAAUACACCGACCAACAAAAAAGCCA